AGGAACUCUAUCGUUCACUUUAUGUGCAAAAACCAACGGAACAACAUUCGUGUAUUUAUUUAUUUAUUUAAUUUAUUGCAGCUUUUCAGGAAGCAACCAAUAGUUGAUAUUUAAACAUUUGAUGAUAGUUUGAAAGACAUACAAAUAUGCCACGUUCAUUUCUGGUCAAGAAGUAUUCUUCAAACAAGAAGCCUAACUACAGUGAACUGGAAAGUCAAACUGAUAACACAUGCUAUGCUGUUGUCCCACAAUGCUUUUCUCUGGAAGACUUCCCCAUCUCUCUGGUGCCCACCCACCCUUCCAUUCUUAUGUGGACCACCAGUGCCUUACCUCUCACUUUAACCCCAGCAUCACCCAGCAUUCCUUCUCAACCUGGGCCUCUGGAUCUGAGCUCCCAAUCCAGCUCCAGCAGCGGAGAGGAGGAUGAUUGCGGUACAUCUGAUCCACCAAGCCCAGAUCCCACAGAUCGGUUCCAGUGUGCCCACUGCGGCAAGACCUGCAACAGUCCUAUAUCGCUUUCUCACCAUCAGCUAACGCACUGUAUCGCCCACCCAGAAGCUGUCAUUACCAUCACGGAAACAUCAAAUGCCAUGACCAGAGCAGCGUUUCACUGCAAGCACUGUCCCAAAGAAUACAACAGUCUUGGGGCCCUCAAAAUGCACAUCCGCUCACAUACACUGCCUUGUGUGUGCACCACAUGUGGAAAGGCAUUCUCCAGACCUUGGUUGCUGAGGGGACAUAUACGUACACAUACUGGUGAACGUCCCUUCUCAUGCCCCCACUGUAAUCGUGCAUUUGCGGACCGCUCAAAUCUACGAGCUCAUUUACAGACACACUCUGAAGUAAAGAAGUACCAGUGUGGAACAUGCUCUCGUACCUUCAGCCGCAUGUCCCUCCUUCACAAACACACCCUCUCUGCAUGCUUUCCAUCUGCCUAAAGGAGAAAACAGUUGCUUUCAUCUGCAAGCAUCAAGCUGGGAUGGGUUUAAACCAAACACAAAUGUUUGAACUCAAUGAGUGAACUUAGGCAGUUUUUUAAGCACAAUGUUCUUAUCUUUGCCUUGUCUUACACAAGCCAAAGGUAGAGAUUAUUUUUCUAGCAGUUUUAGUUUUGCAAGCAAUGGCUAUAAUGAAGAUUUUUUUUUACACAUAGACAAGGAAUUUUUGCUGUAUGAACUGGACCCUCUGUCUCUCUCCCAGUGGAUCCCCAAGAUGCAACUCGGUGCCGGCUGGUCCGGGAUUGAGGGGGCAGCUGCUACAAAGUGUGUGUGAUAAGAGGUCAUCUCUCACCAAGAUCUCCACAGACGCACAAGGAUAUUUUGAGACAGCUGUAACAGUGCAGGGUGGAUGCCAUGCUGUUGAAGUCCUUCCCUCUAGAUGAAUGUCUGCAAACCAUAUCAUGACCAAAGACCUGUUUCUUUAAGUUUAAUUAGACUAUAGUAAUUUGAGCUUCAAGGUAUUAUGUAACCUAGCGUUUCCUGAGUUUGAGCUUGAGACUUAAAUAAGCGUCAGAAUAAAUUGUGAUAUAAGGUGUAAGUCUGGUAAUUUAGAAAGACUCUAUGAAUACUUUAUCAUCCGAAAAACAUACCUUUCAAAGCCACAAUGAUAUUUAAAGCUAUGUCUACAUAUAGUUUAUGUGGGUUGUAUGAACCAAAUGCUAUAUAUUUUUUUUUACCAGUGAUGAUUUUAAUGUAU